AUGGGUAUCAUCGGCAAUGUCAUCUACUAUAGCUUCCAUCCCUCUGAGUUGAGGGCAAUUGCUCAGUGGAAAGUUUGGCACAACCCACCACAUGAGCGCAACCAAAAAGAUGACACGGAAACACAAAAGAUCUGUUUCAAGUUCCUGGACCAGACCAGCCGAAGUUUCAGUGCUGUGAUCAAGGAAUUGCAUCCGGAGCUGCUGCUUCCCAUCUGUGUCUUCUACCUGGUCCUCCGCGGUCUGGAUACCAUCGAGGACGACACUUCCAUUCCCCUGGAGACUAAGGAACCUCUCCUUCGGGAUUUCAAAAACAUCCUCACCCAAGAUGGCUGGUCCUUCGACGGGAAUCGACCUGAGGAAAAAGACCGAGAACUGCUGGUCCAGUUCCACAAUGUCAUCACCGAGUUCAAGAACAUGAAGCCGGCCUACCAGGUCAUCAUCAAGGACAUCACGGACAAGAUGUCCAAUGGUAUGGCCGACUACUGCCGCAAGGCGGCCUUGGAUGAUGCCAGUGUGCAGACGAUCGAGGAGUAUGAUUUGUACUGUUACUAUGUGGCCGGCUUGGUUGGUGAGGGCCUCACCCGCCUCUUUGUGGAGGCUGGGUUUGGCAACCCGGCUUUGCUUAAGCGCCCACACCUUCACAAAUCGAUGGGUCUUUUCCUGCAGAAGACCAACAUCAUCCGUGACAUCCGGGAGGAUUUCGAUGAUGACCGACGGUUCUGGCCCAAGGAGAUUUGGUCGAAGCACGUCGACCAGUUUGAAGAUCUGUUCAAGCCGGAGAACCGAGAGGCUGCCCUGAACUGUAAUUCUGAUAUGGUCCUAAACGCCCUGGAGCAUGUCGAGGAGUGCCUCUUCUACUUGGCCGGUCUGCGGGAACAGAGCGUGUUCAACUUCUGCGCCAUCCCGCAGUCCAUGGCAAUUGCCACCCUUGAACUCUGCUUCCGCAACUAUGCUAUUUUUGAGCGGAAUAUCAAGAUCAACAAGGGUCAAGCGUGCGGCCUCAUGGUUGAGUCAACGCAGAAUCUCCAGGUUGUAUGCCAAACCUUCCGGAGGUUGACACGUCAGAUUCACAAGAAGAACACCCCCAAGGAUCCCAACUUUCUAAAAAUCAGCAUUGUUUGCGGCCAGAUCGAAAAAUUCAUCGAGACCAUUUUCCCAUCGCAGACGGCCGAGGCGGCAAACCGUCUGGCCUCUGGCGAGCUCACCGAGGCCGAAAGGCGAAAGAAGAGUGAGGACGCAGAAAACAGGCAAGAUGUGUAUCUCAUCAUGGCCAUGAUGGGCUCUAUCAUUUUCGUCAUUGCUUCUAUCAUGUUCGUCACGGCCUGGAUGAUGGGCGCACGCUUCGACCUUGCCUGGCAGGAAAUCAAAUCCGGCAAUUUCAGACCCCCGGAGCGGCAGCAUUCCGAACUUUGA